AUGGCGUCUCCACAAGUGCCAUCGACGAUGCGCGCCUGGCAGUACACCCAAACCCACGGAGGAUUGGAGAGGAAUCUGACCUUGAACACGGCGGCGGCGCUCCCACCCCACGACGCCAAAACGCUCGGCCAGGAUAGAGUGCUGGUACAAAUUCUCGCGACGUCUCUAAACCCGGUAGACUACAAGUUCGCCGAGUUGCCUGUGGUCGGGCGUCUGAUGAUCAAGAAACCCGCUUCGCCGGGGUUAGAUUUCGCGGGACGGGUGGCAGCCCCGGGAGGAGGCGAGCUAGCAACAUCGACGCUAGUCUUUGGCCGCCUCGACGCACCCGGGCAGUUUGGCACCCUGGCCGAGUAUACGGUGGCACGGAAGCAAGCGCUCGCAGUGUUGCCAGAGGGCGUCAGCGCCCAGGACGCCGCAUGUGUAGGCACUGCAGGGCUCACGGCUUAUCAAUGCAUCAUACCGAAUGUGACAAGAGGGCAGGGCACUAGAGUGUUUAUCAAUGGUGGAAGCGGUGGCACGGGUGUCUGGGGCAUUCAGAUUGCAAAGGCAGUGGGGUGCUAUGUGGUCACGAGCUGUUCCGGACGCAAUGUCGAGCUGUGCAAGUCGCUGGGGGCGGACGAGGUGCUUGAUUACACGAGCGAGGACAUUGUCGAGGUCUUGAGGAAGAAGGCGUUGUCCACCUCAGAAGCGAACCAAGGCAGGUUUGAUCUGAUUGUGGACAACGUUGGCUCGCACGACACACUGUACCAGCACUGUCAUGAGUUCACGACGCCCGAGGCGAAAUACGUGCAAGUGGGGAUGGAGGUGUCAUGGCAGGCUGUGCUCAAGCUGGUGAGCCGGUCCGUCUGGCCGGGGUUUCUGGGUGGUGGGAAGCGCAGAUAUCAAUUUUUGGCCGUCUCCGGAGACGCUACCCAGCUGGAAGAGAUUGGGAAGUGGAUGCAUGAAGGAAAGGUCAAGGCGGUAUCGGAUGAGGUGUUUCGGAUGGAUGAUGCCCCCAAAGCGUUCGAAAAGCUCAAAACAAACCACGCACGGGGCAAGAUUGUGGUUGCAGUGAGCGAAGGGGACAAAUGA